GCUUAGUCCGCGUGAAAUAUGAGAUGUGCGACGUGAAACCGAGAAACUCUGCAAGGCGUCAAGAAACGAAAGCCGCAGGAAACGUCGCAUCAGACAAAGAAGAUGGACAACUCGGUGAAUAUUUUGUCCAGCUCUGUGGCAUCUGAACACCCGGAAAAAGUACACAGUUCAGCCAUGUUCUUUCGGCUCGUCAAGCGUGACAGUGCAUGGCUGUACCUGACUUCGCUGCAAUCCUCCCCUCAUCUCUCACACCCCGGAAGAAAGAAAAUUUGAAAGCAAUGAACGACAACGUAACAACCUAUCCGAGAUGUCGAUGUCGACAGUUACGCCAAGCCCUAGCGACCGCAUGGCGCAACGGGAGCACAAGCGGAUGAUCGUGAGGGCUGGCAUAGCCGUUAUCAUCCUGCUGCUCAUCAUAGACGCCAUACUGCUGUACAUGUGGCUGACGGCCGAACCGAAGGUCAUCUACAAGAAAGUCACCAAGGAUGACUUCAACAGGCGCCUGUACCAACCUUCGGACCUUGACCCGAGGGACACUGACGGCACCCUGCUGCUCCUGGAAGAACUGUCGUUCCCUGGCAUGGACACCGCCUCCGACCGCCGCCAGAGGCAGGGCAUGUGCAACUCCUCGGGCUGCCUGUGGCUCCAGCAGUACCUCAGAGGACGCAACAGUGGCUCGGGCCACAUCCAUAGCCAGAGCCAGAGGGGCGGCCGACCGGGUCCCUGUGAUGACUUCCACGAGCACGUGUGCGGCUCGAGAGGUCACUCCCUUUACAGGGAUGGCAUGGCGCGUCUCAUGGUCGCCGUCGCAGGAAAGGUCACGGAAAGGCUGCACGUAAUCCCCGGAAGCGGAAGUGGACGAGCGGAAGCCGCCGGCACUGGGGACCCAGAUGAGGAUCAUGCGGUAGUUCUGCAGCAGUGCCUGGAAGGUGGAGCCGUGAUCACCAAGGAAAGCAUUAUGCCCGCAUGCGGGGAAAUAAGGGGCGAAGACUGUCCAUCGUCAUUCCCAGAAGCACCUUUUCGGAUCUCCGAGCGCUUCUUCCGAGCCAACCGCAGCGCCACCAUCGACGACUACGCUGCUUUCGUACAAAGCCUUGCGCCGGACCUGCAGAGUGAUAAGCGCCUGAACUUUAGCGAGCUCGGCAUGGUCAGGACAUUCCCCAGGCGGUGGAUCUCCACAGCGUGCCACUGGGUCGAGCUCUCUGCGCGUUGUCAUCUGGAGAGGAGUCUGCGAUUCAGGGGAUCCGGGAGCCUCACCCUUUACCAGCAGCUGUGGAAGCUGCUCUACUUCGCACCUUUCUUGGGUGACCACGCUCGUCCACUGGUAAAGGCAGCGCACCAGGAGCCCCCCGUGCCUCAGCUACAAGCUUGUGUGCGCGUUAUUGACGACGUGUUUCGGGAAAAGACCACGGAUGCUGGCAAGGCGACCCUGUCGGAGGCUGUGGAUGGCUUACAUGACACCGUCGCGCAUUUCGUCUGGGAGGCCCGCCAGCAAUAA